CUUUAAAAGGUUCAGAUAAAUCCUGUGUGUCCUCAAGGUUAUAUUAUUGAUCAACUUUGAUGGUACAUACAUAGCUGCUUCUAUUUCCUUUUUCAUGGAGUUUCUCUCUCUUCCUAACCCCCACCACUAUUUAUGAACAUAUCAGCUUGGCCUCAUUUUGAAGAGCUUUCUCAUAUAUAGCCUCUCUUCUUGUUCUCUGUAGCAAAGGCACAUAUAUAUAUACAAUAAGCCUAUGCCCUUAAUUUCUGUUAAGAGUUAUUGCCUUCCAUAAACAUGAAGACCAUAGACCUCUUUUGUGCCUCUCCAGCAUCCACAGCCAUAUGCUCGAGCAUGGAUCAUCGUAGCAUUAUCCGCCAUGGCACGAGACCAAUCGAUCAUGGUCAUCAUCAUCAUAAGCAGCAGCAGCAGCAGCAUCAUCAUCAUCAUCUGCGUGAUCGAAAAAACCGAGCUCUUGUGCCUUGUUCAUCUCAACCACCCUUUGAUCCUAAGCCCAAUUAUUAUCAAACAAGUAGAAAUAGUACUUCUUCCAAGCAAAGUGAAGUAAGAAGAAAAAGUUCAGCAGACAUACUUGACCUUUCUAGCCAACCUCCUGGUUCCUCCUCUAGGCACCUUUUAAGUGACACACCUUUUAUAGGUUCUGAUCAUUUCUCUGCGUUGGUUCAUAAAAGCCAAUCUGUGAGACCUCAGCUCUUGCUCUCAACAAAUGAUUCUCCUGCUAAUUCUAAAUCUUCAAAAACUGGCUCUAAUUACUCUCCUGCUUUGAAAUCUUCAUCAACUAGCUCAUAUGAUUCUCCUUUAAUGGAAUCUUCUUCAACUCACAGUCGCCCAUGCAAUCAGGUUGUGGAAUUGAGGGUAUCUAUCCAUUGCAAGGGUUGUGAAGGAAAAGUGAGAAAACAUAUCUCCAGAAUGGAAGGAGUGAUCUCCUUUAGUAUAGACUUGGCCACAAAGAAGGUCACAGUGGUUGGGGAUGUGACCCCUUUAGGGGUACUCACAAGCGUCUCAAGGGUGAAGAAUGCAGAAUUUUGGCCAUCUCCGACUUCAUCAUCAUGGUCUCCAAUGGCUGGCCUGAGACACUAAUGGCUUUCAAGAACUUUUUUUUUGAGUUUCUUUUAGCGAUGUACUGAAUUAUUUUGAAAUUCCAGUAGGGUGAAGUUUAAUGGCUAGUCUUGUAUGAUGUGUACUGUAAAUGUAGAAAUACUAAUACUCCGUUUGGUACGAUGAAAAAAAUAGAAGGAUGAAAAGUUAAAAGGAUGAAAAGUUGAACAAAUAAAUAAAACAUCAUGUUUGAUAAG